ACAAGAGACCCAGUGGCGUCUGAAUGGAGAAAGUCUUCCCUGGAGGCCUCUCCAUUUUUCUAUUCGAAGAAAAUCGUGCUAUCAGAGAAUAAAACCCAUUUUCUCUUCUCUAUUUUAUUUCCUCGGAUGUUCAUGUCCAUCACCAACUCAAUUAGAUAGAAAAUUGCUUAUUUAUUUAUUUAUAACUAUUUUCUUGAGCGUUCUUGCUCAUUCUAUCUCAAAUUCUCGGGAAAACGCAGAAAAGGGGAAGAAAUUUCAUGGCUUUGUUGCCCAUUCAAAGGUAUGUCACAAGAGCAGAGACGACUCAAGAGGGUUCAUCGGUUUUGACACCGACCAAGAAGAAAUGGUCCAAUCUGAUGCCUCUGUUCGUAGCCCUAGUUGUUGUUGCGGAGAUCGCGUUCUUGGGUCGGCUUGACAUAGCGAAGAACGUCGAUGUAGUGAAUUCGUGGACCGACUCGUUCUAUUCACCUCCGGCGUCGAAGGAAUUGGCUGUGGGGGGUGAUGAUUUGGGAUUGGAUGGGUUGGAAUCGGAGAGUUGUGAGGAGUGGUUGGAGAAAGAAGAUGCAGUGGUAUACUCUAGGGAUUUUCGGAAGAACCCCAUCUUGGUUUCCGGUGCUGAGCAGGAGUGGAAAACUUGUGCUGUGGGAUGUAAGUUUGAAUAUAAUUCCCAUGGUAAGCUUGAUGCUUCAUUUGGUAUACCUCAACCAGCUGGAACAGCUAGUGUCAUUCGAUCAAUGGAAUCAGCUCAGUACUAUUCAGAGAACAAAAUCGAUCUGGCACGACGGAGGGGAUAUGAUAUUAUAAUGACAACCAGUCUCUCAUCUGAUGUUCCUGUUGGGUAUUUUUCAUGGGCUGAGUAUGAUAUUAUGGCACCAGUGCAACCAAAAACUGAAAGUGCCAUUGCAGCUGCUUUCAUUUCCAAUUGUGGUGCUCGUAACUUCCGCUUACAAGCUCUUGAAGCACUUGAAAAAGCAAAUGUCAAGAUAGAUUCCUACGGUGGUUGCCAUCGGAACCGUGAUGGAAGAGUGGACAAAGUACAAGCACUGAAGCACUACAAAUUUAGCCUGGCUUUUGAGAAUUCCAAUGAGGAGGAUUAUGUUACUGAAAAAUUCUUCCAGUCUCUUGUUGCUGGAAGUGUACCUGUGGUUAUUGGUGCUCCGAAUAUUCAAGACUUUGCCCCUUCUCCUGGUUCUAUUUUACAUAUUAAGGAGCUAAAAGAUGCUGAACCGGUUGCAAAGACCAUGAAAUAUCUUGCAGAACACCCUGAGGCAUACAACCAAUCAUUAAGGUGGAAGUAUGAGGGCCCAUCUGAUUCUUUCAAGGCCCUUGUAGAUAUGGCAGCGGUCCAUUCUUCUUGCCGUCUUUGCAUUCACCUGGCAACAGCAAUUAGAGAGAAAGAAGAAAAUAGCCCAGGUUUCCAGAAACGCCCUUGCAAGUGCACUAGAGGCUCAGAAACAGUGUAUCAUUUAUACAUAAGAGAAAGAGGGAGGUUUGAAAUGGAAUCCAUUUUCUUGAGGUCUGGGAAUUUGACUCUGGAGGCCCUGCAAUCUGCGAUUCUCAAGAAGUUCAAGUCUCUAAAUCAUGUACCCAUUUGGAAAGAAGAAAGACCAGAAAGCAUAAGAGGAGAUAAUGAACUUAAAGUAUACAGAAUAUAUCCUGUUGGGUUGACACAGAGGCAAGCUUUGUAUACAUUCAAAUUUGAAGGGGAUGCUGAUCUUAGAAGUCAUGUUGAAAGCAACCCAUGUGCGAAGUUUGAAGUCAUAUUUGUCUAGAUUCCAGAAGCUGUUCUCUCAGUUAAAGCAAGAUCCAAUCUCAGCAAUUACACCAAAAAUUUUACAGGGUCAAGAUUUUGCAGUUGAGCAGAUUGCUUUCUCUUCUGGAUCAUCCUCAUCCUGGCGUCCAAUACUUGUUGCAUGAUUUAUUAACCGAGGAAUGAACCGUUUAGAUUGUGAAGGAGAAAAUGAUUAAAUUUUUUUAUGACUGGCUGAGGAUGCAGCCCAUCCGGGAUCCUUGAGGACUUUAAAGAACUUGAGAGCUCAAACUUGCAUCCUGAGACCAAAAAAUACAUGGAAAUAAUUUAAAUUUGUGUCUUUUGUAUCAGAGUGGUUAGUUUGAAGAUGAUCACAUAAUUUUCUGUUCUCCU